AUGCAUGUGACUGAUAAUUAUUGUGUGGAGUUUGGUGACAUUGAUCUAUCUGAGUUUCAAGAAGAGAACCAGGGUGAUGAUGGUGAUAGAAAUGAUAAUGAUAGAGAUGACGGGGCUGAUAUUAAAAGAGAAGCUGGUAGUCAAGAGGGAACCAGCAAGCUGCUGGAACAAAUGCUUUUUGUGUUUUUGAAAUCACACAAAGGAACCUAUGAUGGAGAGUGUCCCUUCUACUGCUCUUACUCAGGCUAUAAUGAUGAACUUAUGUGGGCAGCAACAUGGUUAUACAUGGCUACGAGGAAGCCUGCGUAUUUGAAGUACAUACAAGAAGAAUCGAUAAGUGCUAGCGUAACAGAAUUUAAUUGGGAUCUUAAAUAUGCAGGAGCCCAAAUCCUUCUUACCAAGGUUAACUAG